ACCAGUUUUUAGUAUUUGGGGUUUGAAUAAAGAAAAGGCAUCUCUUAUCAUGUAAUUGUUUUAUCUAAUAAUCCUCUCUACACUACCAAAGCAAAGAUGAAUGAUGAAAUGCAUGCAAAAGCUUCCGAAUGGUCAUGGAUGAGAGGGAUUUGAUCAUGUCAGUUGAAAAGUCAGAGAGGAUUUCCAAGUCUGCGCGUCAGAAUCCGAAACCCCAUUCCAGUCGCAGAGCAACAGAGGGAGAGGGAGAGAGAGAAUGUCUGGAGGUAUUGCGCGUGGCCGUCUUGCCGAGGAGCGGAAAUCCUGGCGUAAGAAUCACCCCCAUGGCUUUGUGGCGAAGCCGGAGACCGCUGCAGAUGGGUCUGUGAAUUUGAUGAACUGGCAGUGUAUCAUCCCUGGCAAGCCUGGGACUGAUUGGGAAGGGGGCUACUUUCCUCUUACCCUCCAAUUCAGUGAAGACUACCCUAGCAGGCCCCCAAAGUGCAAGUUUCCACAAGGUUUCUUCCACCCAAAUGUCUACCCAUCUGGAACUGUGUGUUUGUCAAUCCUCAAUGAGGACAGUGGGUGGAGACCAGCCAUUACUGUAAAACAAAUUCUAGUGGGCAUUCAGGAUUUGCUGGACCAACCCAACCCUGCUGAUCCAGCACAGACCGAUGGCUACCAGCUCUUCAUCCAGGAACUAACUGAGUACAGAAGAAGGGUGCGGCAGCAGGCCAAGCAGUUUCCCCCUCUUGUCUAGCUUUGUGCUUGCUUUUGCUGGAUAUGGUUAAAUUAUUUUACUGGUUCCAGAAUUACAUGCUUAAAUCUCUUUCUAUGAUUGGACAACCUCAUUAGAGGGAUUCUCGCUGUCUUUUAAACAUGGCUAUAUCUUAUAGUGGAGUUGCUGUUAUGCAUUCCAUUUUGGCUGAAAUGGAUUAAAAACAUCAAUUGUCAGAGUUUUGUCACUGGCAAGUAAAUUGAAACACUUGAUUUCCUUGUUUUAUAUCACUCAAACAUUCUGGUCUA